GAGUCCGGCUCCUGUGCGUUUGCAGCCGGGCCGAAGCCUCUCCUUGCGGCCCACGGCUGGAUGAUGGGCACCUGCUCCUUCCUCCAGGACACGCUCUCAGCUCUGCCCGGCCUUAGGCUUCUCCAGCCGGCUCUCCUGCCUCGGCCUUUCCCUCUGCCCUCCCUGGGGCCGGCCUUCUAAGGCCUCCCCACCAACCGGAAGGGCCCCUCCUCGGCCGACGGCCGGCCUCUGUCCGCGCCCGCCAUGGGAGGCAACCUGGGCUGCCACCGCUCCAUCCCCAGGGACCCCUCGGACCUGUCCCACAGCCGCAAGUUCAGCGCCGCCUGCAACUUCAGCAACAUCCUGGUGAACCAGGAGCGGCUCAACAUCAACACGGCCACCGAGGAGGAGCUGAUGACGCUGCCCGGGGUCACGCGGCCCGUGGCCCACAGCAUCGUGGAGUACCGGGAGUACAUCGGCGGCUUCAAGAAGGUGGAGGACCUGGCGCUGGUGAGCGGGGUGGGGGCCACCAAGCUGGAGCAGGUCAAGUUUGAGAUCUGCGUGAGCAGCAAGGGCAGCUCGGCCCAGCAUUCGCCCAGCUCCCUGCGGAGGGACCCCUACUCGGAGCCCCAGCAGUUCCACUUGGCCACGGCGCCCCCCACCGCCAAGGUGAACCUCAACACGGCCACUCCGGCCCAGCUCAUGAGCCUGCGAGGGGUCUCGGAGAAGGUGGCCCUGGGCAUCGUGAACUACCGCCAGGAGCACGGGCCCUUCAAGAGCGUCGAGGACCUCAUCAGGCUGGACGGCAUCAACUCGGGCUUCCUGGACAAGCUCCGGCCCCAGGUGUUCGCCGAGAGGUCCCGGCCGCCCUCCACGCACACCAACGGGGGCUUGAAUUUCACCGCCAGGCCCCACCCGAGCCCCACCUCCCUGAGCCUCCAGAGCGAGGACCUGGACUUCCCCCCGGGGGGGCCCACGCAGCUCCUCUCCACCCGGCCCCCCAUUGAGGUUUUUGCCGGGACCCGGGACGGCUGGCCCGUGCUGAGGCUGGCCACCUGGAACUUGCAGGGUUGCUCCAUUGAAAAAGCCAACAACCCCGGAGUGCGAGAAGUGGUGUGUAUGACCCUGCUGGAGAACAGCAUCAAGCUCUUGGCUGUGCAAGAUCUGGUCGACAGAGAGGCCCUGGAGAAGUUUUGUAUGGAGCUCAACCAGCCCACCCUGCCCAGCAUCCGCAAGUGGAAGGGCCCCCGCGGAUCCUGGAGAGCCGCCGUCUCCGGGAAGCCCUCCAGCCUGCCCCCUCAGGGCGGGGCUUACCUGGGCUUCCUGUGGGACGCGGCCGCGGGGGUGGAGCUGAGGGAGGCCAGCAUCCUGGAGGGGCCCCCGGCCCCCAGCAAUGGCAAGCACUCGGCCCCUGCCCCCUACGUGGCGCACUUUAAGAUUGGGGCAAACGACCUCAUGCUGGUGAACCUGUGUCUGGCCGCCCCAGCCGGCCCCGUGGGGGGCGACAAUGCCGGGAAGACCCCCAGCAACAGCCACAAAGCGGCCCCCUUUGCCACGACCCUGCAGGACAUGUUCAAAGGAGAAAAAGACUUUGUUAUCCUGGGCGACUUUGGCCAAGGUCCAGAGAGCAGCGACUGUGACAUCUUGAGGAAAGAGAAAUUCCAGGCCCUGGUCCCCGGCACCACCUUCACCGACAUCAGCACCAAGAAUCCCCAGGGCACAAAGUCCCUGGACAACGUUUGGAUCAGCAAAAGCCUGAAGAAGGUUUUCACAGGCCACUGGGCGGUGGUGAGAGAAGGCCUCACCAACCCCUGGAUUCCGGAUAACUGGUCGUGGGGCGGCGUGGCCUCCGGCCACUGCCCGGUGCUGGCCGAAUUUUACAUGGACAAGGAUUGGAAGAAGGAGACGGCCUCCCGGGGAGGCAGUGGCGUGUCCCUGGAGCAGAGCGAGUCCCACAGUAAACAUGAGCGGUGACGGGCCAGACAGCACCAUGGCCAGCGGAGGGACCCGACCCAGGAACCCCGAUCCCGCCGUCCCGCCUCCUCCGUGUUGUCCAGGAACGUUCUGCAGCCUUGGCCCACACCGAAGGGGGAAUUCUUUAUGGGGGACAGAGCGGCACUCCUUCCGACCGGACAUUUGAGGGCCAGUCCUUGGGAGGCCAGCCAGGCGAUCUGCCCCGCAAGGCCUGGAACGCUCCGAGUGGCCCUGGUCCCACCUCCUGUGCACACCUGGAAGGCUCAGAACGGCCCUGCUCAGGGUGCCCACCUUCCCGGGUUUGGCCCCGACCAGGGCCAGGUUAACGAGGAGUCAUCCUUGGCCCUGGGACGCCCUCUCUGACCAUCACUGUUCGUCCUCCACCAAUAGUUAGCCCUUCUCGGCUCCCGCGGGACUAAGCUGGACAUCCCGCUGACUGUGCCUGUCCCACAUUUGUGUUCCCGGGGCCAGGGCCAUGAUGCCAUGGGGGUGAACUGAUGCUCCUGGCUAGUGAUCUGAACCUGCCCUCUGCCCUUUGGCCUCCAGGUUCCCGCCUCUCCACCUUCUGCUCUCAGCACACACCUGGCCUUGCCUUCUUUGUGGAAAGGAUGGAGGUCCUGGGCACCGAGCUCGGGGUUCUCGUUCCCCACUGAUGCCCCAUCGCUCCCUCUUCUGGACACCCCAUCUUUCCUACUCCCCGACACACCAUCUCUCCCACUGCGACACCCCAUUUCUCCUGCUCUUCCCUUGCACCACUGGGGAGGAAGGCAGCCUUCAUCCUUGCCAAGGCCAUCUCCCUUACUGGCUGAGCCCUGGAUCCCUGGGCCCGGCUCCUGUGGCCCCCCCUCCCAUCUCACCCAGGAGCUCCAGCAUUUCCCCGCUCACUUUCCUGUUCAUCCUGUUUCCUCCACCUGAGGGCUCCUUGUCCCUGCCCUCCCCUCAAGCGCUCUCCCAUAGCUCUCCCAGGUCAGAGCAGAGCCGGGCAUCUCAGGCGGCUUCCUUAAGCCCCUGACUUCUGACCCGGGCCAGCUUCUCCCUGGCUGCCCGGGGCCCUGGGACUGCUGGGGCUGUGGCGGGGCCGGGUACUCCGCCUCGGGUCUCCCCUGCCCUCCCUCCCUCUCCGACGGCCCCUUCUCCCCCCGUCCUGCCCCUGGCUUGUGCCCCUGCUCUGGCCGGGCUCCCGUGGGCCCUCUGUCUCUGCUCUCACUCGCUCCCCUAGAUUAAGUCUAGCCGCAGGUAACCGCGGGCCUGGCCUCUGGCGAGCUCCAGCCGGCCUCCGGCUGCCCGUUGGGCCUCUCCCCCGGAAGCCUCCCCUCAGACUUUGGGAUCCCUUCGGAGGCCGCCUCCGGCCUCUCCCUUGGUCUCCCUGCCUCCGAUGUCUCCUCUCCCCAACGCUUCCCCCAGCAGCCGCCCUCUUCCUUAGGGCCGGCUUCUCGGUCCUGCUGCGCUCCCCGCCGGGCCGGUCCCCCUCGGCACCUGGCGCUGCCCGGGAGCCGGGGCCGGGACCGCGCUUCCUCCUCUGGGAAGCCUUCCCUGCCCCCCCCAGCCUCUCCCCCAUUUCUCAUCCUCUGAAAACGGAGGUUCCCGGCGUGCCCCGUGGAGUGGCGCCCUCCGAGGCGGGCAGGGUCUGGGUCAGGUCCCUGCGCCCGGCCCGGGUUUGCGGGUGGGGGGCACUGAAUAAAUGCUUCCUGGAUUGCCUUGAUUUGACUUGAAAUAAACCUCAGCAGGAAGGCUGGUUGUGGUUC